AUGAUAAGUAAGCAAAAAGAAUUAGGUUAUGGAAAAGGAUUUCCUCAACCACUAAAAUUUAACUGCUCUCAAUGUCAGAAAAAAUUUGAAAUCAAGGAAAAUGAAGGACAUGAACUUAAUAACUACAAUAAAACUCGUUCUCAAAUAACUAAAUUAAAUAUUUAUCGAGAAAGCCUCCGUGGUUCAUUAAAUUUAGAAGGAUUUGUUAAUUUAAAAGAAUUUCGAUGUUCUAAUAAUAAAUUAACUAAUUUAAAUUUAAGCAGUGGCAAUAAUUUAGAGAAAUUAAAUUGCUAUUAUAAUAAAUUAACUAAUCUUAAUUUUUUAAAUAAUUUAAAUGAAGAAAAAUUAACUGUUCUUAGUAUCGGCAAUAAUAACUUUCCCGAAAGUGAUUUAACUCCUUUUAGUAAGUUUACUAAUUUAGAAGAAUUAUAUUUAGGAGGCAAUAACUUUACUGGUUCUUUGAAGCCUUUGGCAGGAAUGACUAAAUUAAAAAAACUAACUAUUAGUGACACUAAUAUUGAUAGCGGCUUAGAAUAUUUACCUGAUAGUGUUGAGGAUUUUUCUUUAAUUUCUAGUUUGCCUCCUUAUCCUGAUUUAGCUCAUGACUUUGAUUUAGCUAUGAAAAUAUGUGAAGGACUUCGUCCAAGAUUUAAAGUUAAAAUACCUCAAUUAUUAAAGGAAUUAAUUGAAAGAUUCAAAAACAAAAGCAAUACUGAAUUUGUUCAGCAAUUUAAGGAAAGAGAACAGUUUUUAAAUAAUUUGACCUCUGUUGAUUAUAAAGUUCAUCCUUCGGCAGUCUACACCAGUCGCCUUUUAGAUUUUAAGAACCUUCCUAAACCCCAAAAUAGUAAGGAAAUUAAUGAACAGUUUUAUUCUCAAUUUUGCCCAAUAGGUUCUAGACAAGUUGAUUUAGAAAUUCCUGCUAGCUUUGGUCAACUUAAUAGUGAUCAAGAAUUAGCAAACAGAACUAAAAGACAACUCUCCCUUGAUUCUCAAACUAAAACCAACCAAGGAGAAUCUAAACAGCAAAAGGUCUUUGAAGAACAAUCUUACCAGACUGCUGAACCAAUGGAAAUAGACAAAAGCAAUCAACAAACCGCCCAAACCCUCCAAACUAACUUACCAAAAGGAGGAAAUUAUGAAUAA